UCCCUGUCGGUUGUGUCUUCGUCGUCAUUUGUCACGCAGAUGGCUUAGCGGAGGAACAUUUUCUGCACACUCCACAUUUGUAUUUUGUUUGGACCAACCAGCGCGGCUGCUUUCCUCCGAAUGGACGAGUGCCGUUUUUUGCUUGUCACCAUGGAACAAAGAGGCGCGCGUGGAAGGGCGAGACGCUGUUCGCUGGGAUUUGCGGCCGCGCUGCUUUUGUGCAGCGUGACUUCGGCGCAAUUAAGAUACUCCAUCUCCGAGGAAGUCGACGAAGGAACUGUGGUCGGAAAUGCUGCCAAAGACCUCGGAUUGGAUAGAAACACGCUGAAGGAGCGCAGGUAUCGGAUUGUGUCGAGUCGCGCGGAGCCUCUUUUCCAUGUGCGUCAGGCCGACGGCGUCCUCUACGUCAGCAGGAAGAUCGACAGGGAAAAGGAGUGUCCGCAAAGCACGACGUGUCUGAUCAACCUCAAAACGGUGCUGGAAAACCCACUGGAGGUCCACUAUGUCGGCGUGGAAAUAUUGGACGUGAACGAUCAUUCCCCCAGAUUUCCAGACGAAGAAACAAAGUUAGAUAUUCCAGAGUCGGCGGUGCCCGGGGCAAGAUUUCAGCUUCAGGCUUCUCAUGACGGCGACAGCGGUCACUUUUCUGUUCAGCAAUAUAAACUCAGUGACAAUAAUUAUUUCCGCUUGGAAGUGAAAGAUAAAGGAAAAGAUGGCAAAAUCCCCAUAGUGGUUGUCAAAAAAUCGUUAGACAGGGAAACAGCGGGACAUAUUUCACUCGUGUUAACCGCACUGGAUGGAGGAAAGCCUCCGAAGAGGGGCGAAAUGAAUAUUUCAAUAAAUGUGCUCGACAUUAAUGAUAAUGCACCUAUUUUCUCUGAAGACAUUUAUUCUGCGAUGCUCAAUGAAAAUGCGGCAAUAGGGACGACUGUCAUUCAAGUGAGUGCAACUGAUUUAGAUGAAGGCCUGAAUGGAGAAGUAGUUUAUUCCUUCAGCAAGAACAGUCCAAAUAUAAUGCAGUUAUUUGACAUGCUUGAGAAUACAGGUGAGAUUGUUGUGAAAGGCCCGAUAGACUAUGAGGAGAAUGACAUGUUUGAAAUUGAAAUCCAAGCGUCAGAUAAAGGUUCUGUGCCUCUCACAACGGAAAAAAGCGUCCUCAUCAAGAUCGUCGAUGUGAAUGACAACGCACCGGAGAUGGAAGUGACGUCAUUUUCCAGCUCCAUUCCGGAAGAUUCCAGACUAGGAACCACAGUUGCUCUCGUCAGUGUGAAUGACUUGGAUUCCGGCCUCAACGGGAAAGCGAUUUGCUCCAUAAGCGAGGAUGUUCCUUUUGCCUUGUCGCCGUCAUUACAAGACAAAAUGUAUUCUUUGGUGACCAAAUCCCCUCUGGACCGCGAGAAAAGCUCCACAUACGAUAUAUCGGUCGUUGCAAGAGACGCCGGUCAACCCGCACGCUCGUCUGAGAAGACGAUAAGCGUUUGCAUUUCAGACGUCAACGAUAACAGUCCCGAGUUUUCCGUCGGUCCUUAUACUUUCUACGUUGCCGAGGGCAACGACGCAGGGGCCCCCGUCUUCUCCGUCCGAGCCUUCGAUCGCGACGACGACGAGAACGCCGCCGUGACGUAUCGAAUUCUUCGAGAGGAGGGGAGAGGAGAAAAUAAACCCUCUUCAUUUCUAAGUAUAAAUAGCGAGACUGGAGAAGUGACGGCGCUGAAGAGUUUUGACUUUGAGACGCUGAAAAGCUUCCAGUUCCAGGUGUCGGCCACCGACGGCGGAAGUCCUCCGCUGAGCGGCAACGUGACGGUGAAGGUGUUCAUUCUGGAUCGGAACGACAACGCUCCGGUCAUCCUGUAUCCGCUCGGCUCCAACGGUUCCGCCCGAGGCGCGGCGGAGAUUCCCCGCGACGCCAAAGCGGGAGACUCGGUGACGAAAGUCCGAGCCUACGACGCCGAUACGGGAUAUAACGGCUGGUUACUGUUUUCGCUGCGGCCGCUCGGCGAGCGCGCUCUCUUUUCUCUGGACCGCUAUACGGGCCAGAUCAGAACACUUCGCCCGUUCACGGAGACGGACGAGGCCGAGCAUCGACUGCUCGUACUGGUCAAAGACAACGGCGACGUUUCGCUCUCGGCGACGGCGACCGUGACCGUCAAACUGGCGGAGCCCAAAGAGGCUUUCGCGGCUUCCGACCACGCGGGAAGCGCGGCCGAAGAGGACGAGCGCGAGGACCGGGUGACUUUUUAUCUGGCGCUGACUUUGGGCUCGGUCUCGCUGCUUUUGGUCAUCAGCGUGGUGGUGCUGAUCGCCAUGCGCUGCUCCAAAUCCGCAGAGUCCACUUCCAAAUAUCUACGAGACGCUCAUUACGACGGCACGCUGUGUCACAGCAUCCAGUACAGAUCGGGAGACAAACGCUACAUGUUAGUCGGACCCAGAAUGAGUAUUGCUUCCGCCGGCGCCCCGGGCAGCCACGCCGGCACGCUGGUGCUGCCCGACGCCAGACGCUGCGGCCGCAGGGGAGUCGGGCGCGAGCACACCUCCCUGCAGCGCACGGCCCAUUGUGGAAAUCUUCCGCUUGCAUAG